GUGUUUGCUUCAGAAUGUACACAGAAGAUGAAGCUAAGAAAAUAGGAGUGGUUGGCUGGGUGAAGAAUACCAGCAAAGGCACCGUGACAGGCCAAGUACAAGGUCCUGAAGACAAGGUCAAUUCCAUGUGA